AUGCGGAGUAUUUUACUGUUCUGCUCGAUUUUUGUACUGGCCCGGGCCGCUGGCGGCUUUCUCAAUGGUUAGUUUUUUUUUUUGACAAGAUUUUUUUCAUUUCUUUUUUGUUUAGGCGGUUGUGAUCGGUCCUCGUGUGUGAAUGGCAAAUGCCAUCGUGGCCCACAGACGAAAUACGGUGGAGCGACUCAUUGGUGCGAGUGAGUGGACUUUUUGAAUUCAUUUUUAUGAUGCGCAAAAAAAUUUAGUAUUAAGUUUAAAGCUUGGAAAAUUUAAGAUACGUUGUAUUUUUUUAGUUUCCUGAGCUUCUCUUUAUUAGCCUAAAAAUUUUAAUUUCAAUUUUUUUCAAGCUUUUGUUCACACAUGAUCUUGGACUGUUUCUUCAAAUCAAACGAAACGAUAUUUUUCUUUGUUUUUUUUAUUCCUACCACUGCUUACCAAUAAAUAUGGCGAAAUAGCCCAAAUCCCAGCGCGUAAAAUUGUGGCCGCAAAGCAUCCGCCGACAGUUGCGCAACACUUUUUUUUUCUAGCGGAACCGCUUUUCCGUUUCUUUUUUUCUUACUGUUAAUCAAUCCAGUUUUUUAUUGCUCUGAUAUCUUUAAGGAAAUUACUCAACACGUAUUUUUUAUAUGCGGCACGUGCCCUUUAACCUUGCCAAUGCGUCAUGAUAAGAUAAUGUUAUUCUUCUCCUUUUUUUGGCAUUUGUUAAGGUGAUGAUUAAUGAGGCGAUAGGUUGACUUUUAGGGGUUUGAAUAGGUUACGGAGCUCCUCAUCAAUUAACUAAGGGGAGUGCGAAUUUUUAAAAAGUAGUUUCAAUUUUAAAACUCAACAAAAUGUUUAGCAGUACGGUUAUUUUUUACAUGAUGGUAAAAUUGUCGGGAAAGAAAAAAUUCACUUCAUUUUUUCAUCCCAAGUGCGGAAACUUCAAGAUGAAGCUGAAAGCAGAAUCGUACUCUGGACGUUUUACACACUGUCUAUGGUCCUGCGCGCAGGUCUGCCGUUCCCUGGUAAAUUGGCAUGCCAGCGCGCAUGUCUUUAGACAUUGAGUAGAACGAGGAUAGUCUGGCCUCUCCAAGUUCAACGUGCUCUCUAAACGGAUGCAUGCGCGCUGACCUACCGUUUCGUUUCGCUUCGGAGUACUGUAGAUUCUCCCAGCAGAUCCCAAUCGAGAGGGGCGCAAAAAAGCAAUGGCGCAACCGUGGAAGAAAGAAGUGAGAGAUGAGUAGUUUAGAGCGCCACAAGUAAUGGACCAGCCACCCCACAAUUACCCAAUCAAAUACCUUCCGUUUGAUCAUAUCUUGACGAUGCGUUUCCGCUGGGCGAAUCAAGGCAACACGAAAGUGCUAACAGAGGCUUAAGGGAUCACUUGAAUGACUCUCAGAGAUGUCAAGGUCACCACAGAAUGUGAAAGAAUCAUAGAAAAAAUUCAAAAAGCUUUCUCAGAGCAAUUUUAAAAUCAUAUUUUUCUGCUCAUCAUGAAAGCUUUUUUGGAAUUCGAAGCUCGAUUCCCAGGCGCGACAGGUUCUUUUUUUGCGAUGCCUCGUCCAUGUGGUGAGAAGCGGCACCACCAAGGUGUUGGUGGUCGUGUGGCGCAACACUGAAUGGACAUCUGUCGCGUGUGGGUUUUGUAGAUAUGUGUCGAGGAAUUGGGUUGAAAUGCUUGGGAAAAGAAUAUUUUCCGAUUUUGACGUCUUCUCCAGUGGUAGGUUGGAUAGACGCGGAGAUUUUAGAUUUUUAGAACUAGAGAAAAGUUUAAAGCAUAAAUUAAAGCUGCCAGACCAUGUCAAGCUCGUCAGUAGUAACAGUGGUGCUUAAGUUAUUUUUUCUGAGUUAUAAUUGUAUCUCUUACCUGAUAAUUAUGAGGCAUCAGGUAAUUGUGGACUACGUUUUGGGGAGGACACUGAGUUCUAAGCUUUUCUUUUCAAGAUAGUUCAUUUUUGAACUGGGGUUUAUCAGAACCUUGACUCGAACCUUAGAAAUGCUUUAAUUUUAGGUAUUUUUAAGUUGUAAUCGGAUGGAGUACGGUCCAAAAUAACUUGUUGAAAUUUGAUUACAAGAAAAUUAGAUGAAGCCUUGAAAAUCACAAGUCAAUCAACACGGAAACAUUAACUUCCGAAGAAUAAAAGAACAAAAAGACCGACAAUCCGAUUCCCAAGUCAUUUCAAUUCCGAUUAGGACACGAGGAAGAAAGGAUCAGCGGCGAACCUACCGAAAAAGGUAGUAGGGUGGAAAUCCAGCCAGUUAUUGGAUUAUCUCCUCAUUUCGGCCAUUUGUCGGCGAUAAAGAACAACUCCGGAUGCAUUGUUCUACGAUUAGCAAGUCGGCGGCGACGAGGGUCAGUUCCCAGAGGCACAUUUCAUUCUGAGGAUUAGUGCUGACCAUUGCCAGCAAGUCUUGAAGAUAGAGCUGAGAUCAGCCUACGAAGGCUAAAAAGUGUUAGAAACGUGGAAAACUGGAUAAGAAUCGAAACCACAAUCAACACUUCCAUCAGGAGUCUCUGCUUGUAGAAAAGAAAAAGUCAUACUUUUUCAAAACUUUUAAUCCCAAAGAUUCGCAUUUCACACCUUUUUGUCUUCCCUCUUGUCAGCCAUUUAUCCCCAAAAAAGGCCGUGGCGUUCAGACGGCCGAAGCGAACGCGGAUCACACCGACAAACAAGGAACAGUAAAUCACUCUAGUGUGCGUCUUGGCCACUGAUGUCGCUCCGACGAAAAUCAUGACCAUUUAAGGGACUUUCUUCAUCUCAUCCAAAUGAAAACCGCUUCAUUUACGCGCGCGCGAGCCGAAAAAAUUGAAAAUAAAUGAAGAAAAAAACGGCUCUCGGCUAAAUCGCUAGUUUAUUGCCAUGAGAAAAUCUCCGCGGCGGUGGGUUGUGGUCAAGAAAAAUGGCGCCCUACCAAUGAGGACUUGAUGAAAAUUAAGGAAGAUGAGCUGCGCCAAUUUCCUCGUUUUAAGAGAUUCUUCUGGGAAUUCUCGGAUGAAUAAGUUCUUCUGUAGUUGUCGUGGCUUGAGAUUAGAAAAAGAAGGGGUUUGAUAAGGAUUUUUGUGGAGAAACUUUAUCGCUUGGUCGAAAUUUCUAGUUGAAUAAGUAUAAAAGUCACACAGAUUUUUUUAUAGGUUGCUUUAUAAGAUUUUAAAGUAGAUUUUUAAAAAUAUUGGCUUUUUAUGUAAGAUUUAUAUCUCAUUCUGAGUACUGAUGAAAAAUCUUGCCAAAUUCUUAUCUUAUCGAAAGAUCUGCGCGGCGUUUUGCUUGGAAUGUUUUAUAAACGUUGGACUUUUUCUCGGGAGAAAUUUACCAGUGAUUCAUGUAGAUUAGAAACUGCGGGCAGAAAACAACACAAAAAAAUCUUUUUUUCAUGAAAAAUUAGGGGUUUUUAUCAAAAUUUUUUUCAGGAAUAAAUCUAACUUCCGAGAUUUACUCAGUUAUUCCUGAAUUUCUUUUCAGAUGUAUCCCGGAAGCGGCUGGAAAACUAUGCGAGAAGAUCUGCGACCUGGAAUGUGGCCAAGGCGAAAAAUGCGUCUUCGACUCGUUGGGACGACCAAACUGUUGCAACGGUAGGUCAUCCAGGCCAUUCAAAUGGUGUUAACAAUAAAAAAAAGAAGAAAGAAGGGGAAAAAACGCGCGUAAAUCAUCAGCACGGCUCCAAUGUGGCUAGUCAUCGCUUAGCCGUAUUUUUUUCUCCGUGAUGAUGGUGGUGACCACAUUUUUUCGCGCACCUCGCGUGGUUUUUACGAGGUUUUGAGUAGUGUCCACCGGGUGGUGUCCGAUGGAAAUUGUCGAAUUUGAGGUUUUUGAUUUAUGGUUUUGAAGGGAAAAAAGCUGGUGUUAAGCUUUGGAGAAUUCACAGCGAUUUUUAAAAGGAGAAUAAAAAGUUUUGAACCAAGCUUACAGAAAGAUAUUGCUGCUAUAUGUCAGUUCCAAACGCAGUUCUCAAAAAAUGAUAAUUUUCAAAUCCCAGCUUUUAAAUGCCAGUGAAAACGAAAAGAAAAAAUAGUACCUAGAAGUAAUAGUAGAAGCCUCAGAAAGAAAAACUCAUCAAUCAUGUGGUUUUUGCGAAGUGACCCAUCGCAACUUUUCCUCCAUUUUUGGUGAGUAGCAGUGCCACGCGGUGAAACGUUGAACGGCCACUUCCACUCCUACUACGACAAGGGAUCACAAACAAUCAUUCAUCUUUUUUUUUCAAAAGGGUUUUCUCCGUUUUUGGACCCGAGCGAUUUUCAAUCCUUUUUCCUGGGGGUCGCCGUCGGCGGCGGCGAAGAAAAAAGGAGCCGGCUGUUGCGGCAUCUCUUUUUUUGGGCGGCGCGCAUGUUUAGCGAUCUUUUCGCAAUUUUUGAAUUGUUUGAUUGGAUUUUUGAAAUAUGUCGUUGGCAAUGACGGCAUGUGGAUUGUAAGUUUUCAGAUUUUGCAAUAGUCUGUAUAGGGUCCUUUAAAAUAUAUCACCUAAAUCAAAUAAUUUGAAAAAUUAAAAAGUUGUCCGUAGAGAUUGGCAUUAUUUUAUGUAUGAACUUCAUAUUUAAUGCCGAAGUUACUCUCAAAUCCUCGAGCUUUCAGUGCGAUUUUAAUUUUUACAAACAUGUUUUUUUUUUUUGAAAAACAAGAAAUAUUCAGUGAUCGAGCUUACAAUGAACUUUUCCUCUGUUUUCAACUCCAAAAAGUAGAAAUAUACUUCGUACUCAACUUGAAAGCGAGGACGAACCGGCGGCAAAGACAAAUGGCUUCUGCCGUCGACCUUCUGUCUUCCAACACCACAGCGUGGCGCCGACAAAUGAACUAUCCGUUCAUCUUGUUCUUCGAAAUUUAUCGAAUCACUGGCACCGUGGCCUAGAGAAUCUGUACAUUUUUCUCAAUUGACGGGAUCGAAUGAAAUAAAAAAGUGAGAAGUUUGGCGCCAGUGAACGGCCUAAUUUGCGUGGCGGCUGUCUGAGAAACGGCAAUUUUUGCUUGAUGCCGACAAACGCACGUCCCGCAACACAACCGUAAUCUCCUCGUUUUGACUCUUUCUCAACUAUUCGUUUGCGUGUGAAUUGGAACAAGAUUGUGGGACUUUUGAAUUUUUUUCGGGACUUCGGAAGAUGAAAUGGAGUUGAAAAAAAUACGAAAACUAGAAAUUGAGAGGCUGAGAAUUAUUUUUUUGGGUGAAGAGAAUUUUUGACAUUGACAGGAGUGUUAAAAAUCGAAAUUUUCAUCCAUUUCAAUUUUCAUCCUAGUUUUCUGGUGUCCAAAAUCAACGUUCACAUGUCAUAAACACCUAAAAUAAGUGCAAGAAAUAACAAAAAAAAAACCCAAAACAAAAAGGGACGGCGGUGCCACCUGCGGCUGGCGAGUAUGGGAACGCGGCGCCCCAUUGCGAUUUCCGCGCACUUGUUCUUCUUAUUCUGCUUCCUUUACAACAACUGAAGGAAAAAAUAUUCAGCGAUGUUCUGAAUAGUGAUUUUGAGUGAAUGAUGUGACAGAAGCAUAAAUAAAUGCUACAGACGCCAUGGGAAAACAUAUGUUUCAAUAUUUUUUCAUUGCAGCUUGCGGCGAAAUCGACGAGGACGGCAACCAAGUUUUCUACGACGGAUGUCCGGUCAGCUUGAAAGGUAAUGUUUUGGGGUUGUUUUAGUACCUAGAGGAGAGGGAAAGAUUAGAGGUUUGAGGGUUUAAAUAACGAAAAUUGGGCUUUAUAAAAGUAUUAAAAUAAGCAACUGUCGAAUACUGCGUUUCAAAAAUUUCAACUUUUGAGGUUCUGGCGAAAGAUUUUUAGUUACGAUGCUCCACUUUACGGAGAGCUUAAAAUUUUUCUAUAGUUUUUUUGGAUCCAAGAUAGAAAUGAGCUUCCCAGGGUACAUGAAGCUUUCUAUGAGAAGACAUAUAAGCAUUUUCUUUCUUUUAACUUCAGAACGAACUACUAAGCUCUCGUUGCUAAGAACUUCUCAGCCUUCUGACCACCGGAAAGAGAGUCAACAAUUCUUGAGUUGCGCAACAACUCCUUACUGAUCUCGCUAAUGAACACCUGUAAUUAACGGAUUUGUGUCGGUUGGCAAAGUUCGUUUGGAUUACGGUGGUGGUAGAAGCAACUGCCGCCAAUCUCGAAAAAAAAAGAAACUGUAGGUGAACAAAUAUGAUGGGCAGCAAUCAAGGCGGGUCAACUCGUCGUUUAUUUGCCGAUCCCAUGCAUGUUUCCGCGCUUGUCUCUGUCAAACUUUCCGCUUAUGGCCGGUACUCACAUAAAUCAAGCCUGGUGGGGCCUAUUUUUGUUGUCGUUGUUAUCGACAACCUCGACCAAACACAGUGAAUGAGAAUGCUACUGGUUGCUGUUGCGUAGAAGUUUUUAAUUGGGUUUUAGGCAGAUCUAGGAGAAGGAUUUUGUAGCAGAUUCUUAAUAUAGAAAAGGGAAGAUUUUGUAGAGAUUGUGAGAUUUCGAAGCGGCUUCUGACGUUCUAGAAAAGCAAUAGACUCUUUUUGGUGCGGUUCAUGUGUGAGAGAAGCUUCUGAGUUUGCUCCGAAACCUUCUGGAGUCCUCCCAGUGUCAUGUCAAGUUCCAAAUCCAACAACCGUUUCCAAUUCCCCCACCUGCCCACCCAGGACAAAGACGAGUAGAAAAAGAGGAAGAAGAAGGCUGUCGAGGGGUGAACGGAACGAACGCAACACACACAAAAAAAAGAACCUUUCCUCACACAGAGGUGACAACGAGACGAAGGGAUGAGUAACGGUGGCGUUGCGAGAACCAGCGCAAGUAACAAAAAAUCUAUGUUUUGUUACCUUUGGGCAAAAAAGUUUGGUGAGGAUUUUAAUAAAAAUUAAUCUAAGGUACUGGAAUAACCUAGGCAGAAAGUCGAUUGGGUUACCUUUUUAGGAAUCUUUGAACUGUCGAUUUUUUCUGAACAAUCUUCACCAUGAAGCUACAUACUGAAUAGCUCUUUCAAAUAUUGAGAUCAUUCCGAGCGUGCGAAACCUUAUCAAAACUUCGAGAUUGACCAUUUCUUCAUCACGAGAAAAAAAAGCUUCGAAGUGAUUCAUCCCGUCUUCCAAAUGCCGAAAAAACCUCUGACCGGCAUUUCUCAAAAAAUGAGAAAAGAAAGAGAAUUUAACGAGCGUUUGUGUCUUUCUGAUCGUGAAAAUGACGGUAGGGCAAUGUUUGCAACGAAUCUGGCGCCACGCCACAGCGGGACGCUUUUGCAGCCGUUUUUUCAGCCAUUUUUUGGCCCAUCCAUCGUUGAUUUACAUGUGAAUAGGGUUCGAAGACGACGACCGUUUGUUCGGCGAAAGAUUCUCUCUUAAUGACUUUUUCUUGGUUUUUUUCAACGCUUCUCUCGGGGGUCCGUCAUCAAUUAGUCCAAAUCGAUCUUAUCUUUUUUUACUACCUUGCUACAAGUACUGCUUUCCCAGCGGGAAGUAAAAGUUACGAGAAGUUUAUCGGCGUUCGGCAUCUGUCUACCGACGCGUGCUGCGGUUUCCUUCAUCUUUUUGUGACGAUUGCAAUCUUGACAUGGCAAUGUGUUAACGUGGGAUUAUGACCUUAUUAGGGUUGGGUUAAGUGAGGUGGAACGAAUUUUGGCUUGGUAAAAGUUAGAUUUGAUGAUAUUAUUUUAGAACUAGGUAGUUGGAAUGAUAAGAAAAUGGAUAGUUAAAAAGUUAGUGUGUUGGAGUUUAUCAUAAGUAGUUGAUAGUUAUUCUCAGCUUUAUAUUAAUCACCAUUGACUUGAUGAGAAUAUUUUUAACGUUGUGAUAAAAUUUUAACAUAAAUAGAGAGGUAGUCCAAACAGAGCUCUCUACAGUGAUAAGAUCUUCUAACAAGCUGGCUAGGAGUGGAGUAUAUUUAGUAUCUUCCAAACUGGAGAAACAGAAGAUUUCGAAAAACUCAGAAAAAACGGCUACCACCGGAUGUGCGAAAGCGUUCUUGACGCUUGAAGGAGCCCCGACAAAGGUGUUUGUUUAAAAUUGGAGAAAAAUCGCCUGGUCGUCGGCAAACGACCUAACGAAUUGGACAAAUCUUCACCUUUUUUUGGACACCUGCGUGUUCAUUUCCUGCCGUUGUGUUAAAUUUGGGGACUUUACUACUCCAAAAAACAUGGAAGGAAGUUGUAGUUUUCUAUACCUUUUCCAAGAAAAACAGGACUGUUUGUCGACUACAAGAAACACGAAAAUCGUAGCAUGGUCAUGUGAGGUGGAUACAUUCUUGUUGAAUUGUUUUUCUCGCUUGCGGAUUUAUAGAUUUACGACAAGUUUUGGAUUGUGCAACAUGUGCGUGUGUGGUUGUAUCGAAAUGCGAGAAGAACAUUGGGUAAUUUACGAUCAAGAUAUUCAGGUGCACACCUGAACGUGCAAACAAGCGGAUCAAGGCAAUGGAUAUUUAUGAGCGAUGUGGUGGUAUAAUGAGACAACUUUUUGAGAUUAAUUCUUCCUCGUGGCGUGGCUGUAGACGGGAACUGUUAGAAAAUGUGUUCCUGUUUAAUUUUGAACUACUGGAUAUUUUCUAGAGGCUCUUAAUCACAAGGGUGAUUCUUAACUUUAGUCAUAAAGCUGAUAAAACUUUAAUUUUCGAAUGGGAUAGGAAGUUGAGAGAAAUCUCCUCUAAAAAAUUCAAAAAGGGUGACGGUAGCUUGACUUUAUGUUUAUUGAGAAGCAGAAUUCGAUUUUAAGUCCUCUCCGGAGUAGAUAAAAGUUUAAAGCUGCUCGUAAUUUUUUUUUUCGUUAAUCAAGCUAUUUUGACACCUUCCUCGCUGGUUUGAAGCUGAUCAACUUGAGUUUUCUUCUGCGUUUUGUCGAAAAUCAAAGUGACAGUCGUCAAAGAGUCUGCCGUGUUGUAGUAAUUUGUCACCGUCGCACACGUCGAACUAUAUGGGAACCGACCGAUGGACCUUACCAAGAGCCGUUUUUCAUUCCGCUGGCCGUCGGCUGAAACUUUUCUGUUGACCAACUCCUCUUAUUUUCGCCCUAUGGUAGCUUGGAGUUAUUGGAGACUUUUUAAACUGAAAAUAGAUCUGAAGAAGGUUUUUUGAUUUUUUUCAUACGGUAGUCAAGUAAGUAAGACGGCUAAAUUUGGAGACUUCUGACUUCUCUUUGCAAAUUCGGGAGUGUGGAUCACUAAAACCUGCUAACUUUUCACAUUUCAUCACCUAUGGCAGCUAGGAGGUUCUCAUGAAGCAGGACGUUUUAUUGACUUGAGUAUAAUUUUCUCGGGAUCCUACUUAGAGCCGCCUUUUUGCGUUCAAAUCCGGAUGUUUAAUUUCGUCGUCCUACGGUAGCUAAGAUGUUCUCAUGAUGACGUGAUUUCCAUCCUUGCGGGAAAGGAAAAUAUUUUGAGUUGAGUUGAGUGAAGAAGUUGAGAGAGGUUUUAAAUGACACGCAAAGGACACGGUAAGUCUUUCGCGGGGCCGGCCGAAGAGAAAUCGGACCGGCGGCAGCGACGGCGUGGACCAAACCGGAUUAACGCCACUUUUUUUUGGCUAGCUCUACAUGUUCUGUGUGUGUUUGGAGUGUACCGCCAAGGAUACCAUGGGAAUUGUGGUUUUUUCUGGGUUCGCAAAGUUUUUUGGGUUGGAUGAGAUUGGGUGACAUUGGAACAUUUGGAUUGGCUUUAGGGAGAUGUUUGUUUUUUUUUUCUCACUGUUGAACUUUUACUAUCAAACUAGCAAAAAAAAUUAUAUUUAAGUACUGUCGAGAAGAGGCAAAAAACUUUUUAAAUUAGGAAAAAGGGAAAAAUAAAGUCUAAAAGUUGCAUUCAAAAAGGGUGAAUAAAAAAAAUACAGGAGAAUCAACUAUACUGAAAAAAAUUGAGCAAAGUGAAGUUUCAGAGAGCUACGGUAUUUGAAAAAAAAUAUUUUUUAAGCUCUAGAGUUCAGGAAAAUCGAGGAAACUUUUGAAAAAUUUUAGAAACAAGGGCUUCCGUCAGAUCAGCCAAAAUCGGACGUAAUCUCAUUUUUGAAAUUUUUAGACGUCGACUGCGUGACACGCGACUUCUGCUUCCCGAAGACGUGCUUCAACGGCGGAUUCUGCCAAGCCGACAACGCUACGAGUGCCAGCUGCGUCUGUCCGCCUGGAUUUGCUGGAGAACAGUGUGAAAUCGACAUCGACGAGUGCGAAGAUGCCGAAGAACGACGGUGCAAUGGCGGAAGAUGUGUUAACACUGUGGGUAGAAGGGAAAAUUUGAUCAAAAUUGGACAAAAAUGGUUUUCAAAAGGCUUCUUCAGAAGACCUGCAGCUUAGAACCUUCACAAAACGUCGAAAGAAAAACAUUAAUACGGUUCCAAUGAGCGUAUUUGCCUUCUUUUGGCUAUGUAUUUGGAGAUUAUCCGUUGCUGAGCAAAUUUGGCUCGCCUGGUGUAAUAAGAAACAGUCCGAUACCACUUUUCCUAUAGAUACAGUGAAAAAUAAAACCUGAUUUUUCUUUUGAUUCGAAAAAAAAUUCUGGCGACUGACCGCGUUCCCACGCCUACCGUAUAUGGGCUGGCGAGUGUUUUUAUACGAGCCGCCUGUGUUGUUUUCCCCGUCGUCUCGUCAGCAACAGCAUCCCCAUUCUCUUUUCGCUUGUAAAUGAUGAUCUCGAGAGGAGAAAUGGAUUUGAAUGGACAGUUUUAUUUGAAAAAAAAUUUCUACGUGUUCGUUUUUCAGUACGAACGAAGCUUGAUUCAGAGAAGUAUUCUACGAAAAAAAAAUCCAAAGUUUUUUCUUGUUAGCAUAGUUAGCAUAGAAAAAUGUUUUUACGAAGGUGCAUUUUUUUAGUGAGGAGACUUCUGCUUUCUGAAGUAUACUGCUCAAAAAAUAAUGAAUCAAACUUCAAAAUUUUUCCAGUACGGCUCGUUCAAAUGCGCCUGCUUGCCUGGAACUGGCGACACCGACUGUUCGACCCUGGAGUUCCGAGGAAUGCGACAAGUCAGCUACACGAAGAACGACGAGCAGCCGGCCUGCGUGAAGCCCAACGCGACGGCCGAACCGGAGCCUUGCCGAAACGGAGGCUUCUGCCGUCAGACCAUCGACUCUAACCGCACUUGCGUCUGCCCAAGAGGCUUCCAAGGCGAGUUAAUCGUUGUGAAAAGAAGAAUGGCGCAACUUCGCACCUUGUUAUGGUCUAACACUUCCGGUGAAAGGAUUAACACUCACUAGUUCUUCUAACAUGAUGAAUAAGACUUUUUCUGUGUCUCAGAGACAUAAUUUGCAUGAUAAACAUAAUUUCUUUUCAUUAAUAACAGGUGGAAAUAUUAACUUAGGCUUAGCUUAUAUUAUCAGGCUUAACUUAUAAAAAUUCAUCCUUAAGGUGACCUCUGCGAACAAGAUAUCGACGAAUGCGCCCUAUCGCCAUGCCUGAAUUCUGGAACUUGCCACAACAAGCAGGACGGUUUCGUCUGCGUCUGUCUCCUUGGGUUCGAAGGUUUCCUCAAAUCUUGAAACGUCCUUUUCAAAAUAAUAUAUUUCCAGGCGAGUUCUGCGAGACCAACGUCGACGACUGCGUCAACAACGAAUGCGCCAACGGAUCGACCUGCGUCGACGGAAUCUCGCGCUACACUUGCGAGUGCCAGAACGGCACCAAAGGAACGCGUUGCGAGAUGAUCGACCCCUGUUUCGAGAAUCCUUGCCUCCAUGGCGACUGCUCCGCCCUGGAGAAUGGCGACUUCGAGUGCCUCUGCGAUCAGGGAUACCAGGUGAGAAUUGGGAUUGGAUCAAAUGUGUGGAAUUUACGCUGCCUUUGUUAUAUAAGGCCUAUCUGUUGAGAAAAAAAAAACAAUCUAAAAAUUGAUUCCAAUAAAAAAAAAAAAUAGCUUGCCAGUUAAAAUUGGGCUGAAACUUUUAGGCCUGAAGUGAGCGCACAAGCCAGAGUUAUGUGUCGAUUUACGGAGAUUCUGCGUCCCGAAACAUUUUGAAAUGAUUAGUGCAACUGAAUAAUCUCCCGAGAAGCGUCUUUUUUUUCCAACUGGAUUCAGAAAGCCUGGGAAAAGAGGGAAAGAUUAAAAUUUGAAAAAAAAUAGGGAUAUCAAUACUUUUUGCCCAUUCUCUACAGUUUUCAAGCCUAUAGGUGUCUUGAAAAUUUUUGAGAAAUCCAUGCUGAAUAAUAUGUUGAAUUUGACGCGUGCUCUUUAUUUAUGGUCUUUGAGUUUGGGUCUUCCUUUGCAAAAUUUUAAAAGCCUAACUAAAAAGCAAGACAAAAAAUCCAUUCUAACUAUGGUUCAUUUACAGGGAAGUCUCUGCGAGGCCGACGUCAACGAGUGCUUGCGACAACAGUGCUACCACAACGGGAAGUGCGUGAACACGCCUGGCAGCUGGAGAUGCGAAUGCCCUCGUGGAUUCAACGGAACCCGAUGCGAAGAGUCCUUCGACACGUGCGUCGAUGAGAACGUCGUCUGUGAGAACGGAGGACAGUGCUACAGUGGCUACGAAGGCAAUCGCGAGCCGAUUUGUAGUUGUCCGCAAGGUAGAUCGCCUUCCUUAUAGCUUUUAAGAAGAUUUUCCGAUUUCUAGGCUCAUGAGCUCACUUGCAACGAUUUUCUGAUGUCAUGCUCUUUUUAAGCUUCCAAAUUUUCAGGAUUUGUUGGAAAACGCUGCGAGUCUGCCUGCAAGCCGGGAACUGGCGGCGUCGCCUGUGACCUCAACCUGACCAUCCCUGUCUGCGGCGAACACCUUGGCAAGUGUCUGAACGGCGGAAAGUGCAUCGACAACUUUUGCGUGUGCCCGGCGGUAAUCAACCACCCAAAAAAUCACCAUAAUCUCCUUCUCUUAAUCAGAAAUACGUUGGAAACCGUUGCGAAGCGGCCCGAAGCGACAUCCGCCCUCUUUAUAACAUUUCCUGCGCGUCAGACCCUUGUCUGAACAACGCCACUUGCUAUGAUAUCACUGACAACGAAGUCGGAUACAUUUGCCAGUGCGAGGACGGUUUCGAAGGCGAACUUUGUGAGAAGCGCAAGAGUUUGAAGAUCAAAAAUUGCCAGAAGUAUAAAGUUUUUUUAGAACAUUGUGAUGGAAAUCCGUGCCAUAAUGGCGGCAGUUGUGUAGAAAGAACUGAAGGAUUCGUCUGCGCCUGCAUGAACGGAACGACUGGGGAGCGCUGUGAAGUUCGUCAGCAGUUGGAUUGCUCUAUGACGUGAGUUUGUGCGGAAAUCUUAGUUAAAGUGGAGAAAAACUGGUGGUACAGCUGCAGAUGAAAGUGAGGCUCUUUACAAAAAUCAGAGUGAUUUUAGAACCUUUGGAUAUUUUUCGAGAAGAGAAAAUUUGAAAAUUUCUAAUUUCGGUACGUGUUUCGUUUAUGUCUUCAGCUGCUCCCAAUUCUGGAACUCGUAAAGCUUCGCAAACAACAAAAUUUUUGAUUUCGUUAUGUUUUUGAUUACGUUCAUGACGCGCCAUGGGAAACUGUUAUGUUGAGGAGUACUGUAGCGUAUUUUGUUUUAUUUCGUUUGAAAUGGUAGGCUUCUCUGAUAUUCUUUGUUGAAACAUUUUUUUUUUCGCUGAAAAUUUUCUUUUAUUUUUCUGCAUUAUAAUUCUUCUAUUUUCACGGCUUCUCGAGACUUCAGAAUUUCCAGGCCUUGCGCAAACGACGGAAAAUGCUUUAUGGCGAUGGACGGCAAAAGCCAGUGCGUCUGUCCCGCGGGCUUCGGCGGGGACCGUUGUACUGUCAAUGUUGACCAGUUUGACACAGUCAACAGGUGCUACCGAACUUCUUCUUCUUCCACAAUCAAUUAUUUUUGUAGAAAGUUACAAGAAGCCUGCUCCCUCCGGAAUUGCUCGGCUCGCGCUGGCGACGGCGCCUGCGAUCUCGACUGCAACUUUUUGGCCUGCGGAUUCGAUGGCGGCGAUUGUAGCGCCAAGCUUCAACCCUUUGCCCGUUGUCCCUACGCUAAUUUCUGCGCCAACGUCUUCGCCAAUAACAUCUGUGAUGCGGUACUGAUGCGAUACAGGAAUGAAGAAAGGAAUGAUGAGUUUCCAGGCUUGUAACAACGCCGAGUGUCAGUUUGAUGGCAUGGACUGCCUUCCGGCCGUGCCACGGUGUCCGGCGAUGAUCGAACGCCAUUGCGCUGCCCACUAUGCCGACGGGGUCUGCAACAAGGAGUGCAACAGCGCCGCCUGCGGCUUCGAUGGCGGCGACUGCGAGGCCGACGAUGACUCUGUCAAUGUUGGACUUUGUCGCAAAUAAUUGUUACAAAAAUAUAACUUUUUCCAGGUCCUGAAAGACCUCCGAUUCAAACUGCUGACGUCACCAGAAGAGUUCCGACGCGGCGUCAAGAGCUUCCUGAUGGAGAUCAGUUCGGCUCUCCGAUCGGCCGUCCGCAUCCAGUCUGAUGAAGUUGGACCGAUGAUCUUCGAGUUUUCCGAAGACGAAAACGUGACGAAUAUCGGCAAGAGGCUCAAGCUUGAUGAGGUUUGAAAUGAAGAUUGUUCUGAUAAUCAUUGAAAUGCUGUUUUUCAGGCCGCUCUCAAGUCCAUCUCCACUUCGCUCCGUCAGAAACGACGCGCCGCUCAGAGAGAAGGUGUCGUGGUCUUCCUGGAAGUUGACGUCGCCAAGUCCUCGCCGCUGUCCCCGUCGACCUGCGACGCCGAUGAUCAUUCGUCGUGUAUCUUCCAGUCUGCGCAAGGAGUCGUGGACUACGUCGCUGCUGAUCUUUCCAAGAAGGUUUGGAGAAAUGAGGACUUGAAAUAGUCGAGUACAGAAAUUUUCAUGAAGAUCUGCAACUUGAAACUUGGGAAUUUGUUUAUCGGGCUUAAAAGGCUCACUAACCUUCUUCAUAUCUCUAGAAAAGCUUAUCUUGGCUUAUUUACGUUUCUACCUUCUAAAGCUCAAACACUUUUACGUCUCUUUUUCAUCGCAUGAAAACCCCUUUUUUCCAGGGACCUCAAACCUUUGGUCUUCCCGUCUAUGAAGCCCGAGUCAGUCCGAUGCAGCCGCCGCGCUACGUCUUCGGCUUCACCUACACCACUCUCUUCGCCGGCCUUCUCGCCGCCGUCAUCCUCGUCGCUGCCGCCUUUGGAGCCCUGGUUCAUGACCGCAAGCGGCGCAACGUCAGAGCCUCUCUCUGGUGUCCCGGAAGCGAGGCUGAACGUAAUGAAUCAUCCUGAUUCCCUUUCUACCGACAUUUUUUAGUCAAGAAGCAGUCGACGGCUUCUAGUCAGUGCUCCCUGCUCGAUCCGGCUUUCAAUCUCCACCACGCCAAGCGAGGUCGCUUCGAAUACGGCCAGAGCAUUCAUUCGUCUCACUACUCUCCGCCGAGGUUCAUGGGCUUCUUCAAACCCGAGAAAGUUGAAGAAUCCGCUGUCACGCCAGGAACUCCUGUCAUACCGUAAAUAUCCUCCCGGGAAAAUUAUUCUCAUUACUGUUCUUGUAGACCUCCGAAAAAGGCAGUCAUCGUCAAGGAGCCGACUCCGUUGAUUAUUCAAGCUGAGAGCGGUGGAAAGAUUACUGUCGAGGUGCUGAGGAAAUUCCGAACAUUCACCUAAAAAUUUGUCUUUUAGAUAACAAAACAGACGGUCAACGAGUCGGAGGGACUCUUCGGACGGACCGCCCUCCAUUGGGUCUGUGCCAACUCGAGAGGAAAGCCUGAGGAAGUUAUUGUGGAGGAAGCUCAGCGAUUGAUCGCCGCUGGCGCGAAUCUCGACGUCAAGGAUUCGGGUGAGUUUGUGAGGGAAUAUGGCGGAUUCAGUGGUCAAGAACUUUUUCUUCAAGUGUUAUUAUUUCCAGAUGGCGACACCCCGCUGCUUCUGGCAGUCCGUUCCCGACGUCAACGGCUCGCUCUGAUCCUUCUGAAUGCUGGCGCCGAUCCGUGUUGCUUCAACAACAGCCUCCGAAGUGUAUUGCAUGAAACGGCUGUGAAUUCCGAUAUUUCCAUGGCUCGGGUCCUUCUUCGCUAUGAAGGCGUUGUCAAGGAGGUUUCCAUCGAGGAAUAUUUCCGAAUAUCAUUUUUUUUUUGCUCUUCAGAUUGAUGAAAUUAACAAGACUGGCUGUACUCCAUUGAUGGAGGUCGCGAGAAACGACAUGGUCACCACGGACUUCGCCCGACUUCUUAUCCAAUAUGGCGCCAAGGUUGAAGCGGAUGGAGGGUCCAGAAAGGUAUUUUACAACGAAAAAAACGAUACCGUAAUCCAUAUUCUUUCAGGAGUCAUGCAUCUACAAGGGACGGACGGCACUGCACUACGCUGCUCAGAUUAAUAAUAUGGUCAUGGUUGAAUUUUUGCUCAUGUCCAAUGCCAACAAGGACAAGCAGGAUGAACAGGUUUUAGUAGAGAAAGAAAAACGGAAUCAAUCUCUGUUUUCAGCAAAUGACUCCGCUGAUGCUCGCCGCGAAAGAAGGACACAUCGAAAUUGUCAAGUACCUGGUUCAGCACGGGGCCAGCGUCGAGAGCGUCGACCAGAUGGAGAGAACCGCGAAGAUGAUGGCUGCUGACAACAAACAUCAGGACGUCGUCGACUACCUGGCCAGCGUCAGCCCCACGGACGUCCAUCUGGCCCGACUCACCGAAGCCGCCGUUCAGCAACACCUCGUCCAGCAGCAGCCCCUCAACGCCGCCAGACUCAACAGCAAGAAGACGUCCGCCCGACCUUCGACCAAAGCCGUCAAGAGAAUCGCCGCUCGCCGUGGUACUGGCCACAGCACUGAGUCAUCGUCACCCGCCACCACGUCGCCGUCGAACUUGUCUCGCGACUCGGCGAUCCACCUGACGCCGCCGCCAUCUUCUGAAGGGUCUCUCUCGUCGCCGUCGCCUCCGACUCACUACGGAUCUUCGCUUGUCAAUCCGGCGCACGUCUACUCUUCGAGGUCGUCUUCUGGCGGAAGUUCCAUGCACUCGUCGCAUGCUGAAUCGUCGCCCGAGUAUCAUCACAAUGACUCGGUUGAAAUGGUGAUUAUCUGAUAGAAUAUGGACAUUGAAGGGUUAUGGAAAGUAGGCAUGCAAAUCGUAAAAAAAUAAUUCACUUAUUCAAAUCAAUAAUUUUCAGAUGAACUCGGUCGGACAUCAUACGAUGUGGCACGAAUCGCCACCUUAUGACCCACAGCAUCUGUACGCACAGCAGCCGUCGGCCCAGCAGCUUCAUCAUCAACAGACCCAGCAAUCGGCCGUUCAGCCCAUCGGAUUCCAGGAGUUCUGCUACGAACAGCAGCAGCGGGUCAUGAACCAGAGCCAUCCCAAUGAGGAGCAGCACCAAAUGUACUAUUGA